AUGACGGCCUCGUCGACAUCCGCAACCGGGCUCACCCAGUUCCGCGAGCCAUUCACCUUUGAUACGGUCCUCGGCAUCCUUGGCAAGGUGCCCUUCUCCACGCCCUUCCUCGCGCUCCUCCCGGCACUCACGCUGCUCUACCACAAGCAUACCAACCCGACGCUCGCCAUUCCCACCACCUACGACAAGCUCCUCCCCUUGCUCCGCUCGCUCGUCUUCACCCAGUACAAGUGGGUGGGCUACAUCUGGUCCUUCAUCCUCAUCCGCACCAUCAACCGUGCGCUCAACCGAUACAACCGCAACCACACCGAGUGGAGGCGCGAUCCCAUCGACUAUGCCAACGACAUUGUCGUCAUCACCGGCGGCUCCCAGGGUAUCGGCAAGGAGAUCGUCCAGCUCCUCAGCCACAAGAAGAAGGCGCACAUCGCGGUGCUCGACAUGGCGCCGCCCGCCUACAUUGCUGCUCCCGCGGGCGCACCCGAGAUCCUCUACUUCAAGACCGAUGUUUCCAACCGCGAGCAGAUGGCCGAGGUGGGCAAGAAGAUCCGCGCCGGUUUUGACGGCAAGAAGGUCGGCGUGCUCAUCAACUGUGCCGGCGUGGCGUCGGGCAACACCAUCCUUGACGUCGAUCUCGACUCGGCCGAGCGUCUGUGGCGCAUCAACACGCUUGCCAACUGGAUCACCGCCAAGGAGUUUGCGCCCGACAUGAUUGCGCGCAACCACGGUCACAUUGUUACGGUCUCGUCGGCAGGCGCGUAUGCUACGCUUCCGUCCAUGUCCGAAUACGCCACUUCCAAGGCGGCUGCACUUGCAUUCCACGAGUGUCUGGCCAUCGAGAUGCGCACGCGCUACAACGCUCCUCGCGUUCGCACUACGCUCGUUGCGCCCACCAAGGUCCGAACCGCCCUGGGUGACGGUAUGGAGGACCAUGCCGAUCCCUUCUUCACGCCCGUGCUGGAACCCAUCCAAGUCGCCGAGCGCGUCGUGUGGAGCCUCGACUCGGGUCUCUCUCAACACCUCAUGCUCCCCGGAUUCGCCAACCUCCUCCCCUUGCUCCGAACCGCCCCCGACUGGUUCCGACGUCUGUUGGCCGUCCUCGACAACGGCGACAACACCGUCACCCACAAGAGCAUGCAGCGCGCCAUGGACAACGGCUACGGAUCCACCUGGGAAGGAAAGGACAAGGAACUCUACCAGCGAAGAAUCGCCGCCGUCGCCGCCAGCAAACAGUCAAAGUGA